AUGCCUCAGAGUUCGACGCUUUGGAACCAACCCUACUCUAGAGAGUUAAUAAUGGAUCAUCCGGAAGGGAUUGAUUGGAUUAGUCAGGAUGGCUGUUUAGAGAAUAUUAAAGAGCCCCACUUUGUGGAUUACAAUGAUCCAAACUCAGUGAGUAUGGAUGAUCCAUUAGGAAAUAACUUUUAUGACUGUACAGAUCUUGAUGAUAGCUUCCAUAAUUACCUGAUUAAAGGCUUAAUGGGGGAAAAUAUUGAAGGUGGCUCAAGUUCGAGUAAUUUGAACGAUAUUUCCACCGCGAACAGCAGUAGAGAGCAAAACAAUACUAGUGGUAGCAUUGGCCACACAAUCGACAACAUUUGUCAUAGUAUUAACCACAGCAUCGAAGAUGUUGGUAUUGGGGUGGGAGCUCUAGGGGUGAGUCUGGGAGGAGUAGGAGUAGGGAAGGAAUUUGAGAGCAUGGGUUGUAGUUAUGAAACCCAUUCUCAUUCCCACCCACUCGUGGAUCCAAGCGAGAAGGUUAUGAGAGAUCAGAAUACCUGUUACAAAAUGCCUGUGGCUUCAAGCAAUUUGGGUAUUUCUGGCGAUAGUGAUGUAUUUCUGGGGUCACCUUCAGGCAGUGUAGCCUUGACAACUGCUCCUUCUACUUCGACCUCUUCUUCGUCCUCGUCCUCAUCCUCGUCAGCCUCUUCAUCCUCGUCUUCAUCAUCUUCUCCAUCAUUGCAAUUAAAUUCAGGACUAUCACCAAUAUCUCUUCCUCCACGAGCUGUUCCUCCCGUAAACAUAUCUCAGAGUUUGAUGACCCCUACUACUGCGGUUUCCUCAUCCUCACCCAACCAAAUUUCCUUUUCUCAAAAUUCAGGGCAAACAGGCUCUAAGCUGGUGGGAUUUGAUAUUUCGUACCAGAUAGAAAACACACAAAAAAGAGCUCGGAUUGAGCCGGAGGAAAGCAUUAGAAUCGACAUAUUCGACGACGGUUUAAUGGGAUCUGAAAUGAAGUUGGGAGAUCACCAGAUAGUGGACUUGGAUUCGAGCAAAGGAAGAAGGUGGAGUAACAAUUCUACAACUUCGACAAUUUCUUCAAAUUUUUCAAUAAAUACGAAUGAUGGAGGGUGUGUUAGCCAUAUUAAUGACAAUACCAACGAUGAGAAUCUUGGAAUGUUAAACCACGAUUUUCAGCAAGAUAAGUUUUGCUCUACAGAGAAUUUGGGAUCUCAAAAACCAAAGAUGGUGGAUCAAAGUUAUGAAAUGGGCGUAAUUGAGGAUGAGAAUUACUCAAUGGGAAACCAGAUGGAAGGGGAAUUCUUUAUGAACUCGGAUAACUACUUAACAGAAGAGGAAAAGCUCAAGUUAAGAAGGCGAGGAAGGAGGAGAAGACCAGGUGAAAUAGAGGCUUGGAAGACCAUCAUACCUAGAACUACUGUGGAUGAAGCUGAACAUUUCGUUCAGACAAGCCAGUAUAGAAUGAGACAUGUAUAUAGGGACCCAAGAGCUGUGAGCUUUGUUUAUAGGUGUGUACAACAUGUGGAUUGCCAGUAUGAGAUGAGGAUUUAUCUGAUAUCCCAUGAAACUUGUUAUGUACAACACAGGGGUUAUCAUACAGAGGAGAAACAAAAGUAUAAAAGACCAGAUGAGUUAAUCAGAAAAGGCCUUCCUCCAAAGUCAGUGAUUGACCACGCAAUUCAGAUAUACCCAGAGGUAGCAGACCAAUCAAACAUCUCAGUACUUUAUAGACAAAUUACUAACAGACAACAGCCUGGUGGUUUGCCUCUUAAUAGCAUUGCUGCUUGUGGUGGAACAAGUCGGGAUCCCGAACAUGGAAUGAAUUCCCCAUUUGGAAUGGUUCCCUCCAAUGAACGAGCGCAUGCAAAUCAACAAAAUACUGACAUUGAUUUGCAUGUGGACAAUUCAAAUGGGCACAUACAAAAAUUCGAGCAUACGAAUUUGCCUGGCCUGGACGAGGUGAGUGAUUUUGUAAACGGUUUUAAAGAAGAAGCUAAGAGAGAAAAUGAGGAUCAAAGCGGGAGUAUCUAUUAUAAAAGGGACGAGGAACAGUAUAUGAAUAUAGAACAGGGUGAAGAAGUCGGCGAUACAGAAGGCUUCCAGAACAUUAACCCUGAGGCUGAUUAUUACGAGGCGGUAAAAGAAGAUAACACUAGUAUUUUAGAAAAGAUUAAAGAAGUAGGUUUAGAUAUUGUAGGCCAGGGGGAGAGCGAACCGGAAGUAACGAAGAAGUCAGAGACUGAGAUAAAGAUAGAGACUAAAAAUGAGGCAAAAGCUGGAAAAGAGGAGAGGAAACACAACAUACCUCUAGAGACCGAAAAACCGAGAGGUGAGGCCAAGAUAAUGGAGGAGAAAGCAUCUCAAGAGAAAACCAAAAUGCCUGGGAUUGGGUUCUUGGGAAGACCAGGAAUAACAACUGAGGGAAUUGGUGGGGAAAACAAAAAGGGAAAUGAGACCGAGAAGAUUGAGAGUGAAAGUAAGGGAAGGGAAGAAAGCAAAGUUAUUGAGGAUGCGGAGGUCCAGUCUGAGAAAAUUAAGAUCAAAGCUGAAGACACUAGAAAAAAAAAGCAUAUUAAAGCUAUUCCAAGCCUAGAACAUGAAUCUAAGAAAGCAGAUCAAGUUCAGGCUACUUCCUUAGCCAUAAACUCUGCUUCCAUAACCACAGCUACAGCUAAUACUACUGAGUCAGUUUCUUCAGAUAUUUCUAACUCAACAACAAAAACUAAUCUAUACGCAAACGGCAACGAUACCUUGCCGAGGGGAGAGGCUGAGGAUCUUGAAAAGGCAAAGGAAUUUCCUAAGGAGAUCUUAGAGGAAAGUACUGGCUCAAAAGGGAAUGCGACAGUAGUGGAUCCAGCAUCUAAUACUAAGGGCAAACCAAAGUCACUAAAGAAGGCAUCAUCUCCUUUAGGCAAAGACAAAACCAAAAAAAAGCUUAAUAAGACUGAGGAGACGGCCCUAAAAAAGGUUCCUAAGGAGGCAAGCAAAGGAGAAAGUUCAGAAUUACCUAAGCCAGGACGUCUAGGAUCUAGUAGAGGAGAUUUCCCUAGAUCUGCCAAAGCUGAGAAGCCUAAACAAGAAAAAGUUUUGAAGUUACCUUUAACAGAAAAAAAGGAAUCUGAAACAACUUUAAAAGACAGAUAUAAAUGUUUGAAUGUGAAUACGAGUAUUUUAGAUCCUUUAAUUCAGACUUGCCCCACAGGAUUGGAGCAUGAAGGGCUGAAGAGCAUGAGAGGCCGGGCUGGAAAAGAGAAUCAAAAGCAAACAAAGGAGCCUAAGCAAAAUGUAAAGCCUUUGAAGAAUCCCAAAACUAAUCGAAAGAACUUUCCUCAUCCUAUUUGGCUGGAAAUUGUCGAGGCCUUGAACAAAAUAUGUACCAAAUUUGAAAAUGAUGGUAAUUUAAUUUCAAAAAAGAUACCAGCUAAAGAUACCCAAAUUUCUAAAAGCAGCAUCAGCAGUAAAUUAAAUAAUAAUGCCACUACUUCUACUACCACAAAGACUAGUCAAGCUGGGGAAACAAAAUCUUUGCCCAUACCUGCAAGGAAACUAGAUACCAGGAGUCUGACUAGUACCGAAAAGGAGAAAAGCCCUGAACAUGAAUCUAAACCAAUAAAACCGCAACAACACGAUACGAAGAGAGAAGGUGGAAAGAAGUCUAAUGAAAUAAUAAGCUGGGGAGGAGUUGUUCGAAUGAUGGAGCUACUGAGUAUUCCUGAUACAUAUAUUCGAGGAACUGCUAAAAGGGCACUCAAAUUUAACAUAUACAUUUACAAGUUAUAUACAAACAUAUAUAAGGGGCGAAUUUUAAGAAGAGCACAGAAGAUUCUCUUUCGUAUUCCUAUAAUAAAUAAGUCUCAAAUUAUCAGGGAUAAACAUUUCCUGGGAGCUUACACAGUUUUUGGGUCCUUGUUGUCUGUACUGUUACUCCUUGUUAUUACAGGUUUUCACAGGAGGCUUUGCAUUGAGAAUUCUGAAAAUGGCCUGGAAGAGGCAGAAACUAUUAAGAAACUUGGACUAGUGGGAGGUAAAAUUAAGAUGCUAAACAGCCAUAUAUCUAAUUCGGAUAGAGGAGUUGAGAAGGUGGUGUUUUCAGAGGAUCCCACCUCUAUUUGCAACAAGAUCUUGGAAAGCAGAUCAUUAGAUACAAAGAUUCAAAGUGGUAUUGACCAUUCUGAGGAGAGAACAGAUUCCAAAAACUUGACUUCUAUCCUGGAUUUAACUGCGAAACUGGAGGAGAAUAAUGAGAUUUUGCUCCAUCUCUCAAAUGGAUUGGCCAAAUGUGCUCAGUCUCUCACAAUUUAG